AUGUAUCAUCAGAGCAGGCCCGGAGCUCGAGGCGGAGCGGGCAACUUCUCCUGGGAGGACGUCAAGAACGACAAGGACCGCGAAUUCUACCUGGGCAACUCGGUCAAUGCGCCGCAGGGGAGAUGGCAGGCCGGUCGCGAUAUCCACUGGUACAACAAGGACAAGGCGUCGGACAAGGACGAGGAGCGCAGAGAGGAGCUGAGGCGCGUCAAGAAGAUGGAGGAAGAGGCCCUGUACGCCAAGCUGGGGAUCGCGCCACCUGCUGCCACGCUUGGAGAGCCGGCGGUCGGCUCGCACCUCCUGGCUGGCGCAUCGGCGAGCUCGAGUCGCGGUGCGAGGACGGGCGCCAACACUGCCCCGCUCGAUCCGACCAAGCGGAGGUGGAACCCAGACGCUCCGGACGCACCAGCGCCGGUCGAGGGCGAAGCGGAAGGCGUCACCGAAGAGGAUCGCAAGCUGGCCAAGAAGCUGGCCAAGGAGGAGGUCAAGAGGAAGCUCAAGGAGGAGAAGCGAGAGCGGAAGGAGGCCGAGAGAGAGGAGAGGCGGCGGCGCAGAGAAGCCGAAGACGGCGGACGUCGCCACCGGUCCCGAUCGAGAGACGAGGACCGCGAUCGCAGGCAUGGGCACGAGCACAGACACAGGCACGGCCACGAGCACAGGCACCGCGAUGACGAGCCGCGUCGUCGAAGAGACGACAGGCCAAGGAGCAGGUCAAGGUCGCCGGGUGCCAGCGGGCGGCGAUCGCGGGGAUCUGCGCGCGACUCUAGCCAGAGGCGGUCGCUAGACGACGAUCGUGCAGCCCGUCAUCGUUCUGGUCCCGACGCUCGAGGCACGGACCUCGACGUACCGAGCCGACGAGACGACGAUGGAUUCAGGGCGACGGGCAGGCCGCACCGCCACAUCGAAGACGACGACGAACGACGUCGGGCUCGCCGCAGGUCACCCAACGGCACAGACAGAGACGAUCGCCACCGCGGAGAUCGGGAAAGACGCUACGAUGAUCCGUACAGGCGGGGCGAAGACCGUCCCAACGGCGAGUCUGGCCGCCCUCGGCCGGUCGGGCGUGAGCGAGAGCGUUCGCCACCGCCGAAAAGAUCCGAUCUUGCGCAGAUGUCGCCGAGGCGAAAUCGUGCGGACUAG